AUGGCCGACCUCUUCGCGCCCGCGCGCGGGCUGGUGGCUGGCCAGGCCACGCUGGACGACGUGGCGCAGGCCCUGGCGCAGGGCGCGGACCCCAACAAGUGGGAGGGGCCCCUGUCGCCGAUCAGGUUCGCCGUGCAGGCCCACCACGUGGAGCUCCUGGGCCUGCUGCUGCAGAGCGGCGCGGAUGCCAACCAGAAGGACUCGCGCGGGGUCGCUGUCCUUCACCAGGCAGUGUUCGAUGGCAAGGGGGACUGCAUCACGAAGCUGCUAGACGCAGGCGCCGACAUCGACGUCCGUGACCGUCACGAGCAGACGCCACUGUUCUUCGCGCCCACGCGGCAGAUUUGCGAGCUCCUCAUUACCAGGCGCGCGGACGUGAAUGUCGUGAACUCCAAGAAGCAGUCGCCCUUGCACCUGGCCGCCUACGCUGGCCUCGACGACGCGGUGAGCUGCCUCAUCGACGCGAAGAAGAACCUGCUGCAGGCCCAGGACCAGCACGGCCACACGCCGCUGUACUACGCGGCGCACGCCAAGCUCAGAACGACGGUGAACGUCCUGAAGAAACGGGGCGCGGAGAGCGUCCGGUCCCGGGAGCGCCGCGGCAAGAAGUCCCCGGGCCCCCACGGCAAGAGCCCCGAGCCGGGCGCCCGUCGUGCCCCGCAGCCGCCCAGGCCGCAGCUCGUCCGGGAGGCAGAGGCGGCACCGCCGGGCAGCGAGGCCAGGGCCACGGCGGCAGACUCCACGGCAUUGCAGGCCGUGCGGGUGGAGGACGGGGAGGUGGAGGCCGAGCGGAUCGUCGAGGUCGCCUUCGAUGCGAGCGGGGAGGCUGGGCUGGAGGAGGAUCAGCAGCAGCGCUCGGCCAGGCUGCAGUGCCAGGGCGCGCUGGAGGCCGGGCUCGCGAGGGAGGCGGAUCAGUUUCACGCGGCGAAGCUGGAGUGCAGCGCUGCUUUGGUGGCCAGUUCCGGUGCAGAUGCAUCGGCACCGCUCCAGCGCGAUGCUGGAGAGCAGGCCGCCGCGCCAAGCACCUCGGAACUGCACGCGGCCAGGCAGCAGUGCCAGGGCGCGCUGGAGGCUGCGCUCGUGGUAGAGGCGGAUGAGGUCUGCGCGGCCAAGCAGGAGUGCAGCGCCGCAGCUGCGACAGGCUUCGCGCAGCAGCAGCAGCAGGUCCGCCAGCCGGUCCUUCUGCAGCCGGAGGAGGCGAACUUGGAGGCAAGACUGAAGGAGCAUCAGCAGCAACACGCAGCCAGGCAGCAGUGCCAGGAUGCGCUCGAGGCCGGGCUCGCGAACGAUGCGGAUCAGGUUCGCACCGCCAAGCUGGAGUGCAGUGCUGCUCUGGCGGCCAGCCCUGCUCCAGGUGCAUCGGCGCCGCCCCAGGCUGGGCGCGAUGCUGGAGGGCAGGCCGCCGCGCCCAGCACCAUGGAGCGGGAGCAGGAGGAAGGGCUGCGCGCCGCCAAGCGGCAGUGCCAGGACGCGCUAGAGGCCGGGCUCGCGAAGGAGACGGAUCUGGUUCACACCGCCAGACUUGAGUGCAGCGCUGCACUGGAAGCACGCCCUGCCGCCGCGCCCAACACCUCGGAGUGGGAGCAGGAGGAGGAACUGCGCGCGGCCGGGCGGCAGUGCCAGGACGCGCUGGAGGCCGGGCUCGCGAGGGAGACGGAGCAGUUCCUCACGGCCAAGGUGGAGUGCAGUGCUGCUCUGGCGGCCAGCCCUGCUCCAGCUGCAUCGGCGCUGGCACAGGCUGGGCGCGAUGCUGGAGAGCCCACUGCAGAGCCAGACCAGGAGGAAGGGCUGCGCGCCGCCACGGGGCAGUGCCAGGACGCGCUGCAAGCCGGGCUCGCGAGGGAGACGGAGCAGCUCCACACGGCUAGGCUUGAGUGCAGCGCUGCACUGGCGGCCAGCCCUGCUCCAGCUGCAUCGGCGCCGGCCCAGGCUGGGCGCGAUGCUGGAGAGCCCACUGCGCCGAGCACCACAGAGCCAGACCAGGAGGAAGGGUUGCGCGCCGCCACGGAGCAGUGCCAGGAUGCGCUGGAGGCCGGGCUCGCGAAGGAGACGGAUCAGUUUCACACGGCCAAGCUGGAGUGCAGUGCUGCUCUUGUGGCCAGUUCCGCUCCAGCUGCAUCGGCGCCGGCCCAGGCUGGGCUCGACGAUAUAGAGCAGACCUCCGCGCCAAGCAGCUCGGAGCGGGAACAGGACACGGAACUGUGCGCGGCCAGGCAGCAGUGCCAGGACGCGUUGGAAUCCCAGCUCGCGAAGGAAACGGAUCAGUUUCACGCGGCGAAGUUGGAGUGCAGCGCUGCAUUGGCGGCCAGUUCCGCUCCAGGUGGAUCGGCGCCGCUCCAGCGCGACGCUGGAGAGCAGACCAGCGUGCCAAGCACUGUGGAGCGGGAACAGGGGGAGGAACUGCUCGCGGCCAGGCAACAGUGCCAGGCCGCGCUGGAGGCUGCGCUCGAACGGGAGGCGGAUGAGGUCUGUGCGGCCAGGCAGAAUUGCAGCGCGGCAGCGGCAUCAGGAUUUGCUCAGGAGGAGUUGCACGAGGCCAGGAAGCAAUGCCAGGGCGCACUGGAGGCUGGGCUCGCGAGGGAGACGGAUCAAUAUCUCACGGCCAAGUUUGAAUGCAGUGCUGCAGUGGCGGUCAGCCCUGCUCCAGGUGGAUCGGCGCUGGCCAAGGCCGAGCGCGAUAUUGGAGAGGAAACAUCCGCGCCCAGCACCUUGGAGCGGGAACAGGGGGAGGAGCUGCACGCAGCCAGGCAGCAGUGCCAGGAUGCGCUCGAGGCCGGGCUCGCGAACGAUGCGGAUCAGGUUCGCACCGCCAAGCUGGAGUGCAGUGCUGCUCUGGCGGCCAGCCCUGCUCCAGGUGCAUCGGCGCCGCCCCAGGCUGGGCGCGAUGCUGGAGGGCAGGCCGCCGCGCCCAGCACCAUGGAGCGGGAGCAGGAGGAAGGGCUGCGCGCCGCCAAGCGGCAGUGCCAGGACGCGCUAGAGGCCGGGCUCGCGAAGGAGACGGAUCUGGUUCACACCGCCAGACUUGAGUGCAGCGCUGCACUGGAAGCACGCCCUGCCGCCGCGCCCAACACCUCGGAGUGGGAGCAGGAGGAGGAACUGCGCGCGGCCGGGCGGCAGUGCCAGGACGCGCUGGAGGCCGGGCUCGCGAGGGAGACGGAGCAGUUCCUCACGGCCAAGGUGGAGUGCAGUGCUGCUCUGGCGGCCAGCCCUGCUCCAGCUGCAUCGGCGCUGGCACAGGCUGGGCGCGAUGCUGGAGAGCCCACUGCAGAGCCAGACCAGGAGGAAGGGCUGCGCGCCGCCACGGGGCAGUGCCAGGACGCGCUGCAAGCCGGGCUCGCGAGGGAGACGGAGCAGCUCCACACGGCUAGGCUUGAGUGCAGCGCUGCACUGGCGGCCAGCCCUGCUCCAGCUGCAUCGGCGCCGGCCCAGGCUGGGCGCGAUGCUGGAGAGCCCACUGCGCCGAGCACCACAGAGCCAGACCAGGAGGAAGGGUUGCGCGCCGCCACGGAGCAGUGCCAGGAUGCGCUGGAGGCCGGGCUCGCGAAGGAGACGGAUCAGUUUCACACGGCCAAGCUGGAGUGCAGUGCUGCUCUUGUGGCCAGUUCCGCUCCAGCUGCAUCGGCGCCGGCCCAGGCUGGGCUCGACGAUAUAGAGCAGACCUCCGCGCCAAGCAGCUCGGAGCGGGAACAGGACACGGAACUGUGCGCGGCCAGGCAGCAGUGCCAGGACGCGUUGGAAUCCCAGCUCGCGAAGGAAACGGAUCAGUUUCACGCGGCGAAGUUGGAGUGCAGCGCUGCAUUGGCGGCCAGUUCCGCUCCAGGUGGAUCGGCGCCGCUCCAGCGCGACGCUGGAGAGCAGACCAGCGUGCCAAGCACUGUGGAGCGGGAACAGGGGGAGGAACUGCUCGCGGCCAGGCAACAGUGCCAGGCCGCGCUGGAGGCUGCGCUCGAACGGGAGGCGGAUGAGGUCUGUGCGGCCAGGCAGAAUUGCAGCGCGGCAGCGGCAUCAGGAUUUGCUCAGGAGGAGUUGCACGAGGCCAGGAAGCAAUGCCAGGGCGCACUGGAGGCUGGGCUCGCGAGGGAGACGGAUCAAUAUCUCACGGCCAAGUUUGAAUGCAGUGCUGCAGUGGCGGUCAGCCCUGCUCCAGGUGGAUCGGCGCUGGCCAAGGCCGAGCGCGAUAUUGGAGAGGAAACAUCCGCGCCCAGCACCUUGGAGCGGGAACAGGGGGAGGAGCUGCACGCAGCCAGGCAGCAGUGCCAGGGCGCGCUGGAGGCUGCGCUCGAACGGGAGGCGGAUGAGGUCCGUGCGGCCAGGCAGACUUGCAGUGCCGCAGCGGCAUCUGGCAUCGCUCAAGAGGCAGCCCAGCCAGUCGUGGCGCAGGUCCAGCCAGGCUUCGUGGGCUCAGCAGUGCCGCCUGGCCCUGAAGACCAGCAACAAGAGCAGGAGCAGCAGGUCCUCCAGCCAGUGCUGCCGCAGUGCGAGGAGGCCUCCCCUCCCGCGCAUCAGCACCCGGAGCAGCAGCAGCAGCAAGCCAGCCAGCCAGUCUUGCCGCAGGUCACCCUGACAGGCGCAGAGGAGGAGGGCAUUCUUCCAGUGCCGGGCACGGACAGCCCAGAGGACUUGCGCGAGCAGCAGCAGCGGAUCCACUCUGCGCAGGCGCGUCUCCAGGCCGGCGGCUCCCUCGAUGGCGUGUGGAACUUGGACGACCAGACGGUGCGCAUCUCCGGCAACCAGGUCCUGUGGAGUGAUGGCGUGGUUUGGCUCCUCGAGAAAGACGAUCAGGAUCGGCUGAUGGUUGCGGUCGGUAACAGCACGUACUACGCCAAGCUUGCCGGGUCCACCAUCGAGUGGAGCGACGGCGACAUUUGGAUCCGGGAGGAGCCGCAGCCGGUUGACGCCCCUGGGGAGGCCGCCCAGGCCCCGCCGGAGGCCAGCCAGGUGCAGGAGGUGCAGGUGCUGGUCGCCGCGCCGCCCGAGGCUGCCGCGCCGCCGCCCCAGGCUGCCGAGCCGCCGCCGCAGGCGGCCGCGCCGCAGCCAGGGGACGAUGCGCAGGCGACCCAGGGGAGCGCGCGGGAGCAGGCGGGACCUGGCGACGCCCCCGCGGCGCCCGCGCCCCAAGCGGCGCCCGCGUCCGUGCACGGCUUCCACAGGAGGGACCAGGUGGAGGUGUGGAGCAACUCAAAGGGCAAGUGGCUGCCGGGCACGGUCAAGAGGGUGUACCCCGAGGACUCAUCGCCGAUGGCUACGAGAUGCCGAAGAACACCAUCAAGGUGGAGUCCGCGGCGGGGACCAAGUACAUUAUCGAAGCGGAAAUUCACGCGACAGUGCGUCACAAGCAGGUGGCGCAGCAGGCCGAGCAGCCCGAGCCCCGCGAGCCGCCGGCGGCCGACGCCGCGGCGGCUGGCGGGAGGCAGAGGGCCAGGAGCCCCGCCGAGAUGGCGGCGAUGGCCGCGCGCGGCGCCAAGGCCGCCAGCGGCGCCGGCCCGAGGGCCGCAGGGCUCGCCGCCGUCGGCAGCGAGGAGGUCUCGAACCCUGGCGGCAACGACCAGCAAGACGUGCCGCACGUGA